GACAAAUCAGCUUUCCACUUCUUUUCUUGGUUCCCUGGCUAGUUACUACAUACUUUUACUACAUGACAUGGAUGCGCAAGCGAGCAGUUCCAAGGAUUCAGAAGAGUCUGCACAGAGUGACGAGCUGCCGUCAAUAGAGACUGUUUGUUCAGCAUUGAAGGUCUUUCUGCGUAUUCGACCUCGAGUUGGAGGGCGGACAUUCACAAACCCGGCAUUCCAACCUUGCGAUGACAAAACUGUGGAAUCCACAGCGGCAACUCUGGAACAUCAGCACCAAAAACGAUUUUGCUUCACAAAGGUGUUCCCAGAGGGCAGCAGUCAGCAGGAGUUGUUUGAGGAGGCUGUGCGAAAUCCUGUGGAUGCAUUCAUCGAUGGGUCUAAUGUGCUGCUCUUUGCAUAUGGGCCAACUGCCGGUGGAAAAACAUACACCAUGCAGGGCACUCCAGCUAACCCAGGAGUGGUGCCUCGUACACUGGACAGACUUUUCAAGGCACUUGGACCUCAGGUGUGUAAGGGGGCACCAGCCCGUCCUGAAUGCUUCAACGAUGUUGCCUUACUUAGCACAGAAGAGGAGGCCUCUGCAUUGCUGCUGAAAAACAAGUUGCUGGGUGAGAAGGGAGCUCGUGGUGCUGAAGAUUUCAACACCUUCAAUCUGCCCGCAAGUGACAGUGAUGGUCCGCUGACGCUGUCACGCGAUAGCAACUACAGCUACGGGGGCAGAGUGCAGGUGUUGAUUUGGCUUUCAUUUUAUGAAAUUUAUAACGAGGGCAUAUACGACUUGCUCCUCCCAUCGCUCGAGGCAGCCACAAAGAAGAAAAGGGGCCAGCGACGCCCCACUCUUAAGCUGGGCGAAGACCGGGCUAAACGCUCUUUUGUGCGUGGGGUCAUCGAAGUGCCAGUUCACUCUGCCGAUGAAGCGCAUCGUCUCCUCUGUCUGGCUUGCAAAAACCAGAGCAUUGCGGAGACUCAGCUGAACCACAGUUCGAGCCGCAGCCACUGCAUCUUCACUGUGCGGAUUGUGAAUUAUAAUGUAGACAGUCGUGACGGCAGAAAAAGCUGGCACGUCAAUACGUUGAUGCUGUGUGACUUGGCGGGUUCAGAAAGGGCCUCCAAAUCGGGCACUGAUGGGCAGCGGCUUCGUGAAGCUGGCCGCAUCAACACGUCUCUUUUGGUUCUCAGCCGCUGCCUGGAGGGCCUACGCAACAACCAGGACGCACCGAAAAAGGCCCCUGUGCCCUUCAGGGAAAGCAAGCUGACAAAGGUGAUGCAGGCCUACUUCACAACAGGUGGUCAAGUCUCGCUUAUCGUCAACAUCAGCCCAGCCUUGUCCAUGCUGGAGGAGUCAUUGAAUGCACUGAAGUUUUCGGCUGUUGCCAUUGAAGUCGUGCCACAGCGGCUGGAACUGCGGCGCACUCGCUGCAAGGAGGCAGCCCGCCGGCUGACCGAGCGUUGGAACCUAGGAAUGUUCAGUGCCACUCCAUUUCCACCUAUUCCAGACAUGGACGUGGCAGCAGCUGGAGUUUUGGAUGCAGGCGAGGCCGAGGAGCUCUUUGAGACCAUUGAGGCACAACGAAGGGAAAUAGAAGCACUUGAGCAGGAGCUCAAGGACACCCGAAGCCAACUUGCCUGGGAACGGAAAAUGGUUGCUGCACACAAAGCCGAAGUCGGUGACUACGAGGACAUCGUGAAAAGCUUGGAGAAGUCUCUGCACACCCAGCGUGAACGAUUAAAUUAUGAGAUGGCCGUCCGCAUUGAGAAUGCUUGUGAAAUCACACGGCUUCAGAUGAACAAAGAGUUGAAGGCUGAGCGAAACUCUGUUAUGGAACUUCUUGAAAGCCUUGAGAAAGCGAAUGACCGGAUCGCCGAACUUGAGAAGGCACUCACUGAACAGAGAACUGCUCAGGAUGACUCGACAACUGAAGAUGGCUGUGAGGAGUUGCAGCAUGUUGACAUCGCAGCAGUGGAAGCAAAGGAGGAAAAGCAGAGUCAACUGCAACAGGCUUUGAAGUCCACCGUUGAGCAUGUUGAAGAUGAGGGUGCCGACGAAAACUGCCCGCGCCGCUCAACGCGAAGUACUCUGCGUGCUAUUCGAGCCACGUGGUCGAUGGCCACAUCAGGAGCACCAUCCGAGCUAUCGGACAGCUUUGCCCACUUCAAGGCUCUGCGCCGCACCACAAGUUGUGUGAAGAAGUCAGUUUUGACCCCAGAUGAUGCACUGGAGGAGAAGCAGCAGCAGCAUGACCACCGUGCUGUCCUUGCUGAUGGCAACGCUGAAUCGUCACCACUUAAACGCCUCGCGACUUCGUAGCUGGCAGGCUGUCUGGGUGGCACGAGUGGCAGCAUUGCAGCAAACCAGCUCCGGCUGAUUCCUGCUGACUCGUGUCAUGGAGCUCCAUGAACACUUGGACAACUGUGUGGAGAAAGGCCAAGCAGUGACAUCAUGUUUUGAGUCACAUUAAAUUAGUUUUAGUUGACAUGCAUCCUAAUAUGCAUAUUGCAUAACACUUGUGAGGUAAUGGUGUGUACCUCUGGUUUUUAGUUGUGCUGAACAAAUCUUGCUAUGUGCGUGAUUAUAUGUUUGUUGCAUAACACUUUUAAUUGAAGGACAGUGCACACUGCUUCUUUUUAUACCCAUAGUUAAACAAGUUUUAACUGUAAUAUGAAUGUAAUGUAUAAUGUGCAAUACCUGUCAGAUUGCGAUUGGGCACUGUUCCCACAAGAGAACGGUAGCCGCUGGCAGUCUCCCUUUAAGCUAGGUAGAGCAUUGUUUACUUUAAGUAGUGUUGCAUAUUAGUAUACUUUCAUUGAACUCUUGAAGCUGUUUUUAGCAAUGUGUAACCCGAUAUUUUUCACAUUAGCCAGUUCUCAAUGGCUGUCACUGAAAAAAAGAAGUGUCUGUGUGUCAUUUUUAUGGGAAGUACAUGAUGUGGCACUGGCCAAAGUUCCUAGUCGUUCCUGCGCACUACUACAGUGUGUUGGUACACCAGUAAUUGUGAGUACUUUACACUGGUAGGCCAGUAUGCUAAUUAUGGCCGCUUGGUUUAUCUCCUUUCUUGUAGCUUCUCUCUUUAUUUUGUUUUAGCUUGACAAAUGGCCCUCGCAUAAUAUGCAUGAAAAGAAGAGUUGCAACUUCUUGUGUGUGGUUUCUGUUUCAAUUGUGCUAUAUUUUGAUCUCAAGUACCAACCAGAAGCAUGUUCAUAAUGGUUGUGCAGGGAUUUAUAUACACUGCUGCCUGUGCUACCCUCGUUUCUACUCUAUUCUUGGGCACUUUAUAUGUUCCAAGACGCUCUCGGUCUAACGAGGUUAGGUUUUCACUUGUGUGUACAUGGCGGCCAGUUGAUGGGUACAUUUGCAAGUUUUGGUAACUUUGGGAACAAAAAUGCUGUUCAAAGCCAAUACAAUUAUAUCCUAAGCCUGAAUAAAGUACUUAAACCUUUUUUCUGUGAUAUAGCAGUAGCAUGUGUUUAGAGAAAAGCUUGUGUCGACGGCAUUGUUGCAUACAGCUCCAGUGGCAGCUUUUCGAAAAAGUUGUGUGUUGAGAAUGUGUGUCAGUUUUUUAACUGCAAUGAAUAUCAAUGAACUACGAUGAUAUAUGUACAACGAAUUUCAACGAUACCUUGUUGUGUGCUCUUUACAGCGUAUGUAAACAGUGCAAGCGACCAGGAUGAAAGAGCUUUUUUCAAACCCGCUAUUGACUGUGUGCACUAUUGCACAUCUGUUCAUCCUAAAGCGGAUAAUCGGUAAACUAGGUUUUGGCAUAAUUCCUAUUUUUAUUGUCCGGAUCAAGAUUUGUUUUAACUUUUAUGAUGGGACCAUCUCUUUCUAAGUGCUUAUCCAGCAGUGAGAAAGAAAAAAAAUAUUUUGUGAGGGGACGAAUGCAUGUUGUUAAACUAGUUUCAUGACCUUGUAUUUCUCUCUGUGAACACAUUCGCAGCUGUAAAAGCUCAGGUAGAUAAUUGACAAUAGGUGUAAGCUUAUUUGCAUGCUUGCGAGCUUCUCAAGUGAUCAAUGAUCUAGUGAUGUUGAUUUGGCUCAUGACAAGCGCCUUUUUAUUGGUGCACUUGUGAUACUCUACAUUUUAAUUAUAUCUGCAGACAUAUUUGCACAUUUUUGUUGCGUUAUCAAAGGAUGGUCCACACAUCAAAAAAGCUAGGCAUUAUUGACACCUUUCUGAAACAGCCCUUGUUGGCUGGGUUGUAGUAAACCGAUUCCGAAAUAACAUGGUUACUGUGGAUUAAUGUUAUUUUCUGGGGUCUUACUAUUCAAAGCUACAGCAUGGUAAUGGGGCAUGAUUGGGUGGGAGACUUGUCGGCCAUGUUUUUUUCAAGAGUGCCAAAAGAGUGCUGGUGGCAUUUAAUAUUGAUCUGCAAGUUUCAGGUCUGAAUGUUUCACAAUUAUGUUUAAAGCCCAUUUGCUGGUGCGGUUUUAGUCAUUCUCAAUAUGUGAUGAAUACUUUUUUCUUGAGUGCACAUUAAAGAACAUCAGAUGGUUGAAAUUUCCGAAGCCCUCUCAUCGGCACCUCUCAUAAUUAUAUUGUGGUUUUGUGAUGUAAAACCCUAGGUAUUAUUAUUUAUUAUUGAAUUUAACCAUGUUGCAAACUUUUUAUUGUGCAUAUUCACCAUAGAAUACACUUCUGCUGCUCUUGUGCUCAGCUAGUGUAUUGUGUCAAGCGUUAUUCUUGAACUGUGAUACUUUUGUGCCAUCAUUGUUCACAUCAAAAUCAAAUAUAUUUUAACAUAAUGACCUAUAUUUUGUUGUUUAAUGUCUGGAUGGGAACUGGUAUUGUACGCAGUGCUCCGAACUACACCUAUGCAUGAUUUUGGUGCACACUUAAUGCUGGCUCUACAGAAAACACAGGCUUUAUUAUAUUCAGUUGUAACUGCAAAUUCACUAUGUUACUGUGGAAAAUAAAAACUUCCAGAAUAAACUACUCCACAAAUAAGUUAUCCUACAUAGUUCCUACAUUACUUAAUAAGUAUGUGAAA